AUGGCUGAUCAACAAGAUGCAGCAUUUGCCAACAUUGCGCAAACCUUGCAGCUGCUACAACAGAUGCUGGCUGCACAAGCUGCUGCUCCUAUUGCUGUUCCUGCUGCGGCUGCUCCACCAGCUGUCGCGGUUCCACCAACUCCAAUCCUUGAUUCUUUUGAUGAUGCUACGCCAUUUGACAUCUCUUCGCGACAGGGUUCAACAGCGGUGGCUCACGCCAGUGCUCCACUACGAACCUCUUGGGCGGGAGUUCUUGAAGAACUUUUUCAGUUCGUACUCCUUAUCCAAACCCGAGCUGCAGAAGUAAAAUGGGAUGCUCCGCCUCCUAAUGGAAUUCUCACAUAUGGUACACACCAUCUUCUCUCCGAUUACCACUCUAUUUCUCUUGCCACCCUUCAGGCUGAACAUACUGCCAGAGUUGAUCCUCGUGCCAUUCAGAACUCACGAUGCCUCUACAACUGCUUAGCUUCAAGCAUAACUGGCGAUCUCAGAAUUGAAAUCUUCGGACAACCUGGAAACCUUCCUACUCACGGAGACGGCCCGUCUCUGUUCAAGCGCAUGAUCGACACCAC